AUGGGGCGCUAUGAGAUCCGAUGUGGCGGCAAACGCAUCAGCGAAGUCCACAUGGACUUUUCCAACUUAGACGAUGUUGCCAAGAAAUACGGCUGGGACGAUGUGUUUGCCGGGCGACACCCAUGCCAGGGCACCCCCAAGCAAGAGGUCCCGGAGCCGGUGAGGGAGGAUUUGCGGCAGCAGUUCUUCUUGGAGACGGCUGCGAAUGGAGACGCCUGGCUUCAGUCCAAGGAGGGUGGGCCGCCAAGACUUGUCCUUCCGGCAGGAGUGCCAGGGCAGAGGAUUUACAGGAACGGACGGUUCUUCCUACAGGGUCCGUCUCCGGACUUUGAGCUGCACGACUGCCACGCUGUUUUCCAUGAAGACGAUGCCUAUGAACAGUGGAACCAAGCCAUGGUACGAGCUGCCAAGCAAAAUGCGAAGGAAAGCUGGUCCAGCCGAGUGGACAAGCUGAUGUUGCCCGCUCAGUUCGAGAAGAAACAGCCCGAGCCUCCAAAGACAUUGGAUUCCAUGCCAGGCUUUUUGAAGACGAAGCAACAGGAGGCAGAGGCCAAGAAGGAUGACACCGCAAGAACCCGAGAGGAAAGAUGGGCUGCCUUCCAGGCAGGGCUGGAGCAGGAGAAGAAAGCGGCCAUGCAAAAGAUGGAGGCUGAGAUGGCCGAACGGGCGGCAAAGAAAUUGGCAGAAGAGGAAGAGCUGCACUUCAAGCUUCAGGAGAAGCAGCUGCAGGAGAAGAUGAAAGAAGCCCAGGCCAAGCACGAUGCCCAAUUGAAGGCCAUGCAGAAUGCAGGUGCACGGCAAGACGCAGAGGCUCAGAUGCAAGAAGAUGCAAAGGUCUCUGAAGAAGAGGCCGAGCUUGAGGCCAAGAUGCAGGCAGCAAUGCAGGCUCAGGACGCAGAGAUGGAGGAGAAGAUGAAAGAAGCACGGGCCAAGCAGGAUGCAGAAAUGCAGGAGAAGAUUAAGGCAGCCGAGGCCAUCCGCGAGAAAGAGCUUCAGGAGAAGCUCAGCGUCGCAAAGGCUGAGAAGGAAAGAGAGAUGGAGGCGAUACUGGCAAAACGACAGGCAGCACUCGAGGCCAAGCUGGAGGAAGCACGGGCUAAGCAUGCAUCCGAGCUGGAGGAAAAGGCGAAAGAAGCCAAGGCCAAAAUGGAGGCAGAGAUGAAGGAGAAGAUGAGGGCGGUAAGUGUCGCGAAAGAAUCGGCACCAAAGAAGAUGCCAGAUCAGGCACUGGAUAAGGGGAAGAACGACGCCGCCACGGCUGUGCAACAGAUGUUUGCAGGUGCAAAGGGCCCAGCAUCCCAGAAGGACUCCAAGGAGCCUGCUUCGGCUUCGAGCCCGAGCUCCACGACAAACCUUGCCGAGUGA